UCCGUCACAACUUACCCCCAACUCUCAUCCCAUUUGAACCAUUUUUGUCUCGAAAAUUUUCGAACUCUUCCCCUGGACUCUUUUGCAUCUCUUCAUCAAAAAUCUCCGAAUCCACCAAAAAAAAAAUAAAUCAAAAUCGAUGGGUCUCAUCUCAGGCCUCGUCGACGCCAUCAUCCUCGUCUUCUCUGCAGUCCUCGCCAUUGCCACCCCCUUAAUCGACUCGCAAACCAUCGUCCCUUCUCAUCUCUACCCAUCAGCCCUCAUUGAGCUCAAGCAAUGGUAUAGGGAUCAGUACGGAGACUAUUUGAUGCAAGAGGAACCCCAUUUCUUUGUUGGGCUUGUUUGGGUUGAGAUCUUAUUCCUCUGGCCUCUCUGUCUCCUCAACAUCUAUGGGAUCCUCCGCCGCAAGAACUGGGUCAAGACCACCUUGAUCAUGGCUGGUGUCUGCUCUGCCACUUCUAUGGCUUGUAUAAUGGCAGAGCUGCUGGGCUCAGGCAGAGCAUCAGAUAAGCUGCUGCAGAUGUAUGUUCCCUUUGUGGCUUUCGCCGUCUUGGCAACUCUUAGAGGACUCUUCCCCCCACGUCGUCGCUCAUCCUCUGCUGCUUCUACUUCUCAUUCUUCAAGGAAAAAGAGGGUUUAAUCAGUCGAUAACCAUUUAUUUCGUCAAUUUUUAUUUGGGAGUUAUUUUGAUAGGAACAUUUAUGUUUCCUGAAUUGGGUUGCCAGCAGUUACUGUAUCGUAUCGAUCGCUGUAUCAUGAACUACCUAGAAAAUGUUCCAGUCCUUUUUAAGCUUUUGUUCUAUGUUAACAUUAUCAAUUUUUAUUGCAAAUUAUCUAAGGCCAUGGUUUUAAGAUUAGAAAGAUCUUGAUGAAAGCUUAUUGUGGGUAUGUGACGCUUGUAAUAUCUGGUUAACAUUUUGAAUUGGUUUUUAACCAGAAGGUAUUGAGAUUGUGUGAAAAACUAGAGGAGUCUUGGUACCAUAUGAAUUUUGCUCCUGUGCAUUGAA